GUGAUCAGGAGCCGACGUGUGCAGAAGUCCCUCUCCGCCAGGUACCAGCUCCCUGUUCCCGUGGAGGAAGACAGAUUUCACUCUGAGGCACAGAGGGGACAGCUGCCCCCAGCCCGGCAGGUCUUCAGGUCUGUGGUUGUAGGCACCAACCCAGGCAAGAAGAGGAAAGACCUGCAGGAUCAGCGCAGACAGGCAAAGGAGGGAAAAUCUCAGCAUGGAAAAGGUCUACAAAGAAAAUGAAGGAAAGCCAGAAAAUGAAGGAAAGCUGGAAAGCGGGGGAAAGCCAGAAGAUGAAGUGGAGCCUGAGGACGGAGACAAGUCAGAGGAGGACGAAAUGCCGCACAUAAAGAGGAACCCAGAACACAGAAAGCGCCAGGACGAGGGGCAGGCAGACGACGGGGGACAAUCGGAAGAUGAGGGGCGGCAGAAGCAGCAGGGCAGGUCGGAGGAGGAGGGAAGUCCGUGCGGGGAGGGCGGGCCCGAGCCCCAGGGCCAGCCCGAGGGCGCGCUGCGGGCUGCCGAGAAGCGCCCGGCCGAGGAUUACGUGCCCCGGAAAGCCAAAAGGAAAACGGACAGGGGGGCAGAGGACUCCCCCAAAGACUGUCAGGAGAACCUACAGGAAAGGCAUGCGGGCAGUGAGGAGGUGAUGAGAGAAGGUGGAGAUGUGUCCCGGGCUCAGGAAGAGCUGAGGAAAAAGCAGAAAAUGGGCGGUUUUCAUUGGAUGCAAAGAGAUGUACAGGAUCCUUUUGCCCCGAGGGGCCAACGGGGUGUCAGGGGAGUGCGGGGCGGAGGCAGGGGCCAGAAGGACUUAGAAGAUGUUCCGUAUGUGUAAUGCCUUUGACCUUCAGUUCCCAGUUCUCUAGUGAGAACCUUGCCCCCUGCUUUCCCUGGCAGGCGUUUGCCAGGCUGUGUGCUUUGACCUCAUGCUGAUACUUUGCGUUAGGUGUCACUCGUGUUACCAGCAGCCUUUUGAUCCAACUACAGUGCUUUGUCUAUCGGUAGGGGAGUUUCCACCCAUGUGCAUGGAAGAGAUGUUCAUGGUACAUUGUAAAGUAACAAUAAAGAAAAACCAGUUUUCAGAACCGCA